AUGGAGGAGGCGGUGGUGAAGCAGGGUGGGCUUCACCUCCAGCUGCAGCAGACCUUUGGGAAGAAAUGGAAGAAGUUUUGGGGUGUCCUGUCCCGGGAAAGCUCCUGCUCCAGUGCCCGCCUGGAGCUGUUUGAGGGCUCCUCACCCCCAGCGGCCGAGAAGCUGCGGAAAGGGGAAGGCAGCAAGAGGCUGGUCAAGCUGAGCGACUGUGUCCAUGUGGUGGAGGCCAGUGGAGAGACUGGCUGCCCCAAGGAGACCAUCCCCUUCCUGCUGGAGACCACCGAGAAGAGGUACCUCCUGGCUGCUGAGGGCGUGGAGGCAGCUGACUGGAUCCAGAAGCUGUGCCAGCUGGCCUUCCCGAGGUGUAGGGAGGAGCUGGCAGCAGGCAAGAGUGGGCAGCAGAGCUCCCUGGGGACUGAGGGCUUGUUCUCCAUGGAGGAAAAUUCCCUCUACAGCUCCAGGGGCAAAGCUCCCUCGGAGCAGGAAUUCGAGGUGACAGUGAGGACCACCGAGUCCUCCGAGCGCUGCCGGCUGCGGGGACGCUGCGUCCUGCAGGCUGGAGGGGAAGCUCUGGAGCUGCGGGAUUGCCAGACCUUGGAGGUCCUCUACAGCUGGCCCUACCCCUUCCUGCGGCGCUUCGGGAGGGAUAAGGUGACCUUCUCCUUCGAGGCCGGCCGGCGCUGCGCGUCUGGAGAGGGCAACUUCGAGUUUGAGACCAGGCAAAGCAAGGAGAUCUUCCAGGCCAUUGAGUCGGCCAUCAACCUCCACCGCAGCCAGGGAGCCGAGGAGCCCUGGCGGGCUGGUCCUGGGGACGAUGUCUCCCGACCACUCGGCCACGCCAGGAUGCCCAGCUGGGCACAGGGGCAUGAGGAACCUGCUGGCACCAAGUGCCCCUCUCUGGAGCCCACCAGGGAGGGGAAAGUGCCCAAAGCCAAGCCGGUGAUGCCCCCUAGUUGCUCAGGGGUUGGAGAACCGGCAAGCAGCUUCCUGCCCUCCUGUGGUGCCGACAGCUCCUAUGCUGAGCCCUGCAAGCCCCUGCUCCAGGGAAACCCCCCGGCACUGGAGAAAGGCCAGAGGCAGGAUGCUCUGCCCGUCGAGCCCGAGUACGCCGUCCCCUUCGACACCAUCGCCAAGACCUUGGUGGCCCGCAAGUUCGGCAGCCUGGCCACCCAGCCCAAGAAGGUCCUUGACCCCCUCUACAACAGCAUCGGGGAGGCGAGGGCAGCAGGGGGGCAGCAGCCCCCGCCCCGCCCCACCACCCCCGAGCCCGACCACAUCUACGACGAGCCCGAGGGUCUGUCCCCCCAACACACCCUCUACGACGAGCCCGAAGAGGUGAAGGGGGAGGCCUGGAGGCUGCAGGCGACCCCCGAGGAGCCCCCCGGGCACGAGUACCCCUACGACCCCCAGCGGGAUGACUAUGCCGUGCCCAAGAAGCCCCUCCCUCUCCGGCAGCCCUUCCUGCCGCAGGGCAAGGAGUGGCUGGGGGACACCGAGUAUGACAACGUGGCCUUCAAGUUUGUUAAGAAGAGGCACAUGCAGUGAGCGGGCCUGGCUCCUCGCUGCAAUCCCCUGCUCCUUCCAGCUUCCUCCACC